AUGACAGGCUUGUUAGAUUCACGUGAACAUGAGUAUUUUUUAGCUGCCUUGGAAGUUGUCAAGGAUGCUGGACGGCUUGUACGCGAUGCUUUUGACACUCCAACCAGUGUGGUUCAAACCAAAGCUUCUGCAACUGAUUUGGUAACCGAAACCGAUCAAGCCGUUGAAAAAUUAAUUAUCAGUACACUCAGCAAGAAGUUUCCAGAUCAUAAAUUUAUUGGAGAAGAAUCUGUAGCGGACGGCAUGAAGAUUGAGUACACUGAUGCACCGACAUGGAUCAUCGACCCUAUCGAUGGUACUACAAACUUUGUUCAUAGGAUUCCUAUGAUUGCCAUUUGUGUUGGACUCGCAAUCAAAAAGGAACUGAGAGCCGGUAUCGUAUACAAUCCGAUCACUAAGGAACUGUUCCAUGCUCAGGCUGGACGGGGGGCUUUCAAAAACGGUUUGCCAAUCCAUGUUUCGAAUACUAAAGCAUUGAGCCAAUCAUUAUUAGCGGCAUCACUUGGUAUUCACAACAUAACAAAUUUCGGGAAAGCUUGGCUUGAGGUAUCUCAAGGAAAUAUGCGAAGACAAGUCGAAGCUGGUAUUAGAGGACAUCGUUCUUUUGGAUCUGCUGCAAUUAAUAUGAUCAUGGUGGCUCAAGGCUGUUGUGAUGGUUAUGUUGAAUACGGGUUGCAUGCUUGGGAUAUUGCUGCAGCUGCUGUGAUUGUGCUAGAAGCUGGUGGUGUUGUUAUAGAUCCUACAGGUGGCCCAUUCAAUGUCAUGUCGAGAAAAGUUCUUUGUACUGGAACUGAUGAAUUAGCCAAAUCUAUGAGUGGCUUACUUGUGCAUGCUGACUACGAGCCAGAAGCUUAA